GUACUAGUAAAUAAAUUGGGAUGGGCAAAAAUAACGACCACCAAAAUAGGUGCUAGUAUUUGAAAACAGAAUGUUACAACUUAAUAGUCUGCUGCGAAUCUCCCGUUAGAUUUUCCGGUCACUUUAUCUCUCUAAAACAUAUGUUCUCUUUGUUUAUCUCUCUCCAUAUAUACAUUGCGUAUAGAUAUGUAUGCAUUUAUGUACACAUUUAAUGUUUUUUGACAUAUAUAUAUUCGUGUUCACAACCAAUUAAGCUUUGAUCUUUAAUGAGUUUACUCUGAAAUAGAGAUUCAGGGGAGAAAGAAAGAAAAUAUUUUUUUUUCUUAUAUAUCAUCUCCAGGACCACCGCCAAUAAGUAAACCCAAGAGCAGCAAGAAAAGACAUCACAUGUGAGCAACACUUCUUAAAGCCAGUAAUCGGUUGAAACAUGCAAUGAAACCCAUCACAGUCGCAGCUGCUUUAGGUGAAGGGGGCGGCAAGGGAGGGAACUCAAGAGGAAGAUUUGGGAGCAUUGUGGGCUUUCAGUCUAUACACACCACCUGAAACACCGUGAACCACCACCAUCAACACCGCCACUGCCACACCAAGAUGAAAGAGGAAAUGGAUAGAAAUAACACAAACCCAGAUCUUGGAAGAAUAAAUUUCAUCGUAAUUUGAACAAAUUCAGGAAUCGAUCAGUGAAAUUGUGAUUUCACAAAUGGGUUUGUUGCGAUUGUAACGGAGGGUUCGAUGCCCGGUACGGACUCAAUUUUGCUCUGCAAAUUAAAAAUAAAAUUUGUUUGCUGAAAGAUGGUUGCCUUUGGGAAAAAGUUGAAAGAAGUGCAAAUUCAAGAAUGGCAAGGAUAUUACAUUAAUUAUAAGUUAAUGAAGAAGAAAGUAAAGCAAUACGCUCGACAAAUUGAGAUUGGAGAUGACAAUCACCAUUACGUUCUCAAGGACUUUUCAAGAAUGCUGGAUAAACAGAUUGAAAAGAUUGUCUUGUUCUUCUUGGAACAACAAGGGUCACUAGCAAGCAGGUUAUUUAAUCUUGGUGAACAGUAUGAUGCCCUUCAACAGCACGUAGAUGGUUCAAAUAUCUCUGAAUUUCAAGAAUCAUAUAGAGAGGUCGGACGGGAUCUUUUAAGGGUUCUCUUUUUCUUUGAAAUUAAUGCCAUUGGCAUUCGUAAGAUACUGAAGAAGUUCGACAAGCGCUUUGGAUAUAGAUUCACUGGUUACUAUGUCAAAACUCGGGCAAACCAUCCUUAUUCUCAGCUGAGACAAGUUUUCAAGCACGUGGGUAUUGGGGCUGUUGUAGGAGCCAUAACUCGCAAUCUUGCAGAUCUUCAAGAUCAUCAGGGAAGCUAUAUAUCGAUUUAUGAUCAGCCCGCUCUUCCUGUCCAGGACCCUAUCAUUGAUUCUAUUAAAGCAGCAGUGGAUAGGCUAACAAACUCAACAAAUUUCCUUCAAUUUUUGGGAAAGCAUGCACUUAUCAUACAAGAGGAGUUACCAGUUCCAUCAGAGGAUGAUGUUGCUGAUGAGAGAUAUCAUUUUAUGUCGCUUCUUUUGAACUUGGCAAAUACAUUUUUAUAUAUGGUCAACACGUAUAUUAUAGUUCCAACAGCAGACGACUACUCUCUGAGUCUUGGAGCUGCUGCAACUGUGUGUGGUGCUGUUAUUGGGUCAAUGGCUGUUGCGCAGGUGUUUUCUUCAGUGUAUUUUAGUGCAUGGUCAAAUAAAUCAUACAUGAGACCUCUCAUAUUUAGCAGUGUUGUUCUUCUCGUGGGAAACACCUUAUAUGCCCUCGCGUAUGAUCUUAACUCGAUGUAUGUUCUUCUAAUUGGCCGCCUGUUCUGUGGGUUGGGUUCUGCUAGAGCUGUUAAUAGGCGUUAUAUCAGUGAUUGUGUACCUCUUAAAAUGAGAAUGCAAGCUUCUGCAGGUUUUGUUAGUGCCAGCGCGCUUGGAAUGGCAUGCGGUCCUGCUCUUGCUUGCUUACUUCAAACUGAAUUCAAGAUAUAUAAUAUUACGUUUAAUGACAACACCUUGCCUGGGUGGGUUAUGGCUUUGGCAUGGCUUGUAUAUUUAUUGUGGUUGUGGAUCUCCUUUAGAGACCCUUAUGAUGAGCUUAAACAGAAUAUUGCAUCUCAGGAACACAAAACUGUAAUAGAAACUGGUGUAAUAGAGAAUGGUAUUACUCAACCGUUGCUUUUAAGUUUGGGAGAGAAGCAACAAGAUGACGAUGAAGAUGAAGAUGAAGAUGAAGAAAAUGAUGUUAGCGAAGAAGCUUCGGAGGAUAUUCACAAGCCUGUCACUUCAAUUGUGUCUGCAUAUAGGAUGCUUACACCAUCUGUGAAGGUUCAGCUAUUCAUCUAUUUUAUGCUCAAGUAUGCCAUGGAGAUUUUACUUGCGGAAUCAAGUGUCAUCACCACGUACUACUUCGUAUGGUCAACCACAAAUGUGGCGAUUUUUCUUGCCUGUCUUGGGCUGACUGUCCUUCCUGUGAACAUUUUUGUUGGAAGCUACAUUGGCAACAUGUUUGAGGAAAGGCAAGUUUUACUGGCAUCGGAAAUCAUGGUAUGCUUAGGUAUAGUCCUGAGCUUCCAUAUGGUAAUUGAUUACUCUGUCCCACAGUAUGUCUGCUCAGCUCUGAUCACAUUUGUAUUUGCAGAAGUUCUUGAAGGUGUUAACCUAUCACUCCUAUCUCGGGUCAUGUCAUCAAGGCUUUCGCGUGGGACCUAUAAUGGUGGACUGCUUUCAACCGAAGCAGGGACGCUGGCACGAGUAAUUGCAGAUGCGACAAUAACACUGGCCGGAUAUUGGGGCAUGAGCACGCUCCUGAAUGUCACCCUACUUCCUUCACUCUUUAUUUGUAUAUCUUCUAUUGUUGCUACCUGCUUCACCUACAAUUAUCUCUAUUAAUCACCUUACAUUUAAUUAUAAGGUGUAUGUACAUGUGUAAACUAGCUUACUGAUAAACUUCCUGAUAAAUUAUGCAGUCUAGUAUAUUGCAGAUGCAAAUGUCCAUUUUAUUUCCAUA